AUGUUACCUAAAAAACAUCUAUCUGGCUGUGAGAAAAGAAACAACAAGAAAAGAGUAGACAAGUUGAUUAAAUCUCAGGAAGGCGCUAUGAAUAUGUUUGUCUUGAGGACUGGUGCUGCUACAAAUUCAGAGCAAUUAUAUAUCACAAAUGGUGAAGAAAAAACUGAUGAUACUAAGAAUGCCGUUGAGGAAAAUCAUGUCGAGAAAAAUAAUGCUGCAGAAAAUGAUGUCGAUCAGCACACGGCAAAUUUUAGUGACCAUGAGAAUCUUGGAAAUGCAGAUGAGCAGGGUUCUUCUUUUGAUAUAUAUGAUCCUAGAACUUGGAAUAUUCUUGACAAUAAAUCAAGAGAUAUUCUCAUUGAAAAAGGACCUAUAAGGGAAUACAAUCUUGUGUUUCCCGAAGAUGAAAUUAGUGGCAGACAUUUUUCAUAUGAUUACUACACAAGAAAGUUAAGGAAUUGCGAGUUGAGUGAUCGGAGGUGGUUAGUGUACUCUAAACACGUGAAUAAAGUCUACUGCUUUUGUUGCAAAUUGUUUAAAUCUGGAAAAAGCAAAAGUCUGCUAGCAUCCGAGGGAUUGAAGGAUUGGAGACAUCUUAGUGAGAAGCUCAAAUUGCAUGAGAAUAGUGUUGAGCAUAUCACUAACAUGAAUACUUGGAAUGAGGUAAGGCUGAGGCUAAGUAAGAAGGAAACAAUUGAUAAAGACAUGCAACAAGAGAUUGCAAGGGAGAAGGAGCGAGGGAGACUUGUUUUAAUUAGAAUUGUUGCUGCUGUGAAAUUUCUUGCUAAACAUAGUCUGGCUUUUCGAGGAUCGAAUGAGAAAUUAUAUCAAGAUAACAACGGAAUUUUUUUGGGAGUAAUUGAAAUGAUGGCAGAAUUUGAUCCUGUAAUGCAAGAGCAUCUUCGACGCAAAAUUUUGAGAACGUAUUUAUCACUAGUCUUGUUUCAAAGAGAUCAACAAGUUGAAGUGGAUGUUGAGAUUCCGAAUAGUCAUUCGGUUCUAAAUACCCCAAUCAGAUACCCGGUUCAAAAUAUUUUCCUGAUUUUGGGAAAUAUCUAA